AGAAACAAGGAGCUUUUGACGAUCUUGCGGCGGGCUGUGUUGGCUGCGGUGAGGAUGAGCUAACAUGUAGCCUGAUCAUGAUCUGACCUCAAGCUUCAGGUUCCUUCAGCGCUUUCACCUGCACAGGUCUACACAGUAUCAUAAUAACCAUGGCCAUUGGCAGAGAUAGUCACACGUCAUCAUAUUAAGGCCGAGUGUUUAGGAGAGGAGGAAGAGGAGGUGGUGGUAGUGGCAUCCGUAUGGGUAGCAGCUGGAGGUGGCAGCUCUCCCGGGCCAUGCGACUCGCACUGCGCUGGUGCCGGCUGUGCCGCCCGCAAAGAGGAGGAGGAAACAAAGCCCGGAUCAGCGGGAGGUUGUCGGAGCUGUGGAGCUACAGCAAACUGCUGCUCAAGUCACUGUAUUACAACAGCCUCAGCAACUCAGACACACUGCUGGACUGUGUGUUUGAACCUGUCUACUGGAUCGUGGACAACGUGACCCGCUGGUUUGGAGUGGUGUUCGUCUGCCUGGUCAUUCUCCUGACGACCUCAGUCGUGGUCGUCAUCUACCUGUUCGUCCUGCCCACGAUCUUCAGCACAUACCCUGUGCACUGGGUGGCCUGGCACCUCUGCUAUGGCCACUGGCUCCUUGUCAUGGUGGUCUUCCAUUACUACAAGGCUACCACCACGGCUCCCGGACACCCGCCAAAGGACAAAAUUCAUGUCCCCUCAGUGUCCAUCUGUAAGAAAUGCAUCAGUCCAAAACCGCCCAGGACGCACCACUGUAGCAUCUGCAACAUGUGUGUUUUGAAGAUGGACCACCACUGUCCCUGGCUGAACAACUGUGUGGGCCAUUUCAACCAUCGUUACUUCUUCUCCUUCUGCCUCUACAUGACCCUGGGCUGCAUCUACUGCAGCAUCAGCAGCAGGGAACUGUUUCUGGAGGCAUACAGCGUUAUAGAGAGUUAUUAUCAUACCCCAACUCCAGACUACACCUUAAGAGAAACCACGGCUCACAAGAGUGUCAUCUACCUCUGGGUACUGACCAGCUCGGUGUCAGUAGCUCUGGGGGGACUCACCCUGUGGCACACCAUACUCAUCUGCAGAGGGGAGACCAGCGUGGAGCGCCACAUCAACAACAAAGAGAUCAGAAGACUUGUGGAGAAGGGCAAGGUGUUCAGAAAUCCCUACCAUCAUGGCGGGAUGAACAAUUGGAAGUUACUGCUCGGUGUGGAGAAAAGAAGUCACUGGCUCACACGGGUCCUGUUACCCUCGAGUCAUCUUCCCCACGGGGACGGCAUCAUGUGGGACUGCAACUUCACCAGGAGAGACCCCAUGGCCAUCUGAUUCUCACCUCUUCAUUAUAUUUAAAAAAAAAUUACCAUAUCAAACACAUUUAUCCUGAAUUUACAUUUCAAGCAACGUGACUAGAGACAAACUAGAAGCUCCCACUCCCUCUGGGAAAAAGACACUUUGCUGUGUAAAGGUGUUUACGGACAUAACCACUCGUCAUUCCUCAAAUGUCUGUCGGCCGCCUGGUGAAGUCGGAGAAGACUGAAGAAUUGAUUUACAGAAGGUGCUGCUGGCCAGCACACACCUCUGUUUCCAUUUGCAAAGACUGAAUCUCUGCACAUUUCUUGCACCAGCACUACAGCCUCGCCCGUGUGAGAUUGUGAUGUGGAGGAAUGGAGACAGGGAAGUACAGGAGCGUUACAACAUCUUACAGGUGCUGUUAGCUUUCUGCUAUAGGAGAAGAAAACUGGCUUGUUCGUAUUUUUUUUAAACCAAUCACAUUUGUCCUGAGUGGCGCCAAACACUUGAGAUAAAGACUGACAACGAAAAGCCAAAGUAUCUCAGAUAGUGUGAUAAGAACUAUCUAACAUGACAGAAAGCAUCUGAGAGAAAUGUAUGACCGAUACUGCAGCCAGCCACCAGGUAGAGAUUGAGAUGUUGACUGCCCUUGCAAUAGUGAGCAAGUGAGGACUUAUGAAGCAUCUGCACAGUGGGAGGCGAUCAGUUCAUUUUCAUCCCGUAGAUUGCAGCUCAGAAGUUGUUGAAAACAGAUGGGAAGCAGAAAAUGAGAGAAUGAAUGAUAGCACCUUGAAUAACUGCCACUGUAUGUACAGUAUCCCGGACAUGUUAUCAUGGAUCUGAGCCCAAACCUUGUCUGCUUAUUUAAGAAUGAGUUUGUUUUAAUGAGAUGAAAAGACAUUUUUAACGAUCUUGUUCGGUUAAUUUCCUGAUAAUUUAAAAUGUCAUUUUCAAAAGCUAUUUCUAUCAUGAACUCCUCUGUUAACACCUGCAGUGUUUAGAAGAGAGAUUUUAUGGAGUGUGUGUGCUGACGAGCUUUAGAACCACAGACAUGAACUGAAGUUCUGGUGCCGAAGAGUUGAUCUACUUCUCUUAAAUAUCUGACUUGAAUCUUUUGCUCCUUACAUGAAGAAAAAUAACAUUUUGUGUGCCUUGUUUGGGGGUUCAGCCUUUAAACUGAGGCCAUUUAAAUGAGUGAGAAAAAAGGCACUGUGAAUUCCAUUUUUUUCUUUUACCCCAGCGUGUUCUUCAUUUCAAAAGGAGUUAAAUCUGUAGUUGCCAUAGAAACAUGACACAUCGCUGUGUGUAACCAAAGGGGGCUGUGCUCCAAUUUCAUUUAUCUUUCCCUCUUUUUUUAAAUAAAACAAGUGUUUGAUAUUUCCUGA